UUAAAAGAUCAGGCGAAUCGGCCCGGUGGUACUCUCAAAGUUAAUGCCCCAAGAUUCGGAACUUUGCAUUUUAAUAUAUAGGAUUGACACCAGAAUACCAAAAACAGGUAAUGAACAGCCGAGAUAUAACAAUCAAGCAAUUAAUAGAAUCAUUAAAAAAUGCCAAACUUGUUCUCUCCCCCCCCAGAAGAAUCCGUGGACUCGGUUCUAGCAAUAAAUAGAUCUCCAGAACAAAACUCAUCGUUAGAUUCCAGGAUGAAAUCCCAAGAAAACGCCAUGGCAACAUUAGCGGCAACAGUCGACUUGACCCGCGCAGAAAUGGAUACCAUGAGAGCCAACAUAACCAGGGGUUUGGAAAAGCUGUUCAACGAGGCGUCGAGGCAAAGCACAUACGGAGUGCCGCCGAACCAAGGGCAGUAUCAGCCUUUUCAGCCUUAUCAGCCUUAUCAAGGGCAGUUACAGUCAAAUCAGAGACAAUAUCAGCCAAGUCAGGGACAGUAUCAGCCAAUCCGAGGACAGUUUCAGUCAAAUCAGGGACAAUAUCAGCAACAAAGGGCAGGGAUGCCCUCCAAGAAAAGAAAAUGGACCCGAAACCAAGAAGUUGACGCCCUGCGUGUCUCAGCAAACUCCAGGAAUCAGCAAAGUAGAUGGAACGGGAACGUGAAUCAGGCCGUUUCAAAGGCGCAUUCUGCAAAUCCUCAUCAAAGCCAGUACAAGAAUUUCCACCAACAAAACAAUGCUGGGGGAACAGUGAAAACAACAGUGAGGGAAAAUGAACAGGUUAAGAUAUUGUCAAUCAGUUCUAAAGAGGCUUUGGAUCCUUCAAACAGUACAAUAAAAUCUCGUAAUACUUUUGAUACUAAAAAUCCUAGAAGCAAAUUUCCUGUAAAAAAUGAGUGUCAUAUGUCUUUUGCUGAAAGCGAUGUUGGUGCGCGUGGAGUAACAGUGGUCCACGACCCGAAGCGUGCGAUUUCUGAAGAAACCGAAAAUUCUUUUAAGAAUGAUUGCAAGAAAGCAAGUAGAUACAAGAUAGAGAGUAAUUUUAGUAAUAAGGAAGUGAUUUUGGACAAAUCGGGUUAUGAUUUUUCAGAUUCAAAUAAUGUGGAUCAUGAACCUAUUUACAUAAGAAGUGUUAUUUUUGCACAAGAUAAUAACGUUGAGCGAGAGGUUCAUUCCUUGCCUGAUUUUAAUGAUACGAAUUUUGGGUCUAAUGCAUCUUUGAGCAGUGUUUCAGAUAGUUCUGAGAAAAUUGGCUUAAACAAAGGAAGUGUCGAGCCCGUUAGGGAGCGUGGAGAUCCCGACACGUUCAAGAUUUGCAAAUCUGAAGAGAGCCCAGCCGCAUGUGAAACUCAGGAUGGAGAUUUUCACAACAUACAAAUAUUCCCUACGGAAUUCAAGUCCUGUUCGCAAGGGGAGUUUCCUAAUGCCGUCUUGGAAUUCGCAUCACUGACGAGAAACGCAUUUCCAGUCCAUGUCGCUUGAAUAGUACACGUCGCAGAUGACACCCAACCGAAGUGAUACUAACUUCACUGCCCAUGGCAGGCCGCAGGCCGGCUCAUUCCAGUUGGUGCCUGUGGGAUUUUGGUCAUCCCGGUUCUUCGCUCGGAGCAUCUCCCUGGGCUCACAGGCUCAUCAGGAAGAUAUAUAAGCUGUCCACGGUGCGUUUUAAACAAU